GAUGAGGCGCCACACCUGCUGCCCGAGAUCAUGGCCAGCUACGAGUCGGGACUGCCCUGCUGCGACCUCCCCGAGGACCUGCUCUUCGACCACUCUAAGGUCCUUGAUCUUCUGGCCAACACGAACCUCGACGAGAAGCGACUGAACACGAGCAUGUCGAGCAUGAUGCGAAGACACUCCACCACACAGCACACGUCCUCCGCCACAGACAUCAACUCCAUCAGCGUGGAGGUGGACAGCGCCUGCUCAUCACCAGGACUCCCCAGGCGCACCCUGGAGGAGGAGAUUACCUUUGAGUCCCUGAAGAAGGUGCUGACGGAGAGCCCCGAGCAGCGGCGCAAGGCGGAGGAGGAACGCCGCAAGCAGAUCACAGAGGCCUUCAUGACGGAGUCGUUCGAGGCGCUCGUUGCCAAGAUCCAGGCCAAGCAACCAGACACCCUCCAGACAAAGCUGUCAGAGAUCUUCAGCCGGCUGCCGCCCACGUGUCCGCCCUCCUCUUCCGCGCCCACCUCUGUCUCGUCCGCGUCGGCAGUGAUGUCGUGUGACGGCGUGCCCGGCCUGGCCUCACCCGUCUCCUCUGUCUACGAGCUGCCGUACCCAGACAUCUUCAUCUACUAAGCGAGGCCUCCUGUCUGGGUGUCUUCCUGGUUCCCCUUCACGUGUCUCUUACUCUCUUUAGGGGCGUCUUAGCGCCUGGGGCAGGCUAAAUGCUCAUUGGGGGGUUAGGUUUCUUUCAUUAGGGUCGUUAUUAAGGCUGUAUGAGAGCAAGAUGUGCAUCAUUCCUGCCAGCCUUGACCUCUGGGUGCGGUGCAUGCCGAUGGCGCGGAGGUUCUCUGCCUUCCCGGUGGUGGGCUUGGCGCAGAGCAGGCGGAGGGAGGAGACCAUCUGUUGCGGGGGAGCGCGGGGGG